GCAGAAGUAGCCUGCAGUACUGCAUUCUAACCACUGCACCACCACGUAGUGCAGAGAGUGGGCAUUUUAUUUUCAGAAAAUACUGAGUAAUAAGCAGUUUGCUUAAACAGACUGAUUGUUCCUAUAAACUGAACACGAUUUGAGGUAGGAAAUUGAAUCCAGUCCCAACCCACCUUUAGGCUUAAUAUCAACAGUGGAUAUGACGUUAUAACUGAAUACUGAUUUCCUCUUCCAGAAUCCCUGUUGUUAACAGUCCUUGUCUAUGCCUCCUUGAGAUAAAAUAUUGGUAGUUUCUGUUGCUACCAACUAUUUUCUCAAAGGCAUUUCACAACCCCCCUCCCCAUCUCUGCAUGAGAGUAUUCUUACUACUUGUAUUGCUUUACUGACAGUAAAAAAGUAAAUGUAAAAAAAAUGAACCAAUUUCUGUGAUGCAAUUUUUUUACUCUAAAUUUUAUAGGCACAUAACUAAGGGCUUUAGCCCUCUGUCUCUUUUUGGUAAUUAAUUCUGCAAGAUAUAAAAUCAAACUUUAUUUUUUUAAAAAAACUCGAAGAUAUACAAAAUCCAAUUUACAAAUUUAUUUGUGACAGACCACCAAGUUACAGUAUGAUUGGACUGAGGGCAGGCUAAAGCUCACAAGAAUUCAAAGAGCAGCUAUUGAGGACAGUCCUGGCAAAAGAAUGUCCAUCAGAGUCAGCAGCGGUCAGAACCAUUUCAUUUGAACUAUGAAAAUCCGAAGGAUCACUAGAAGGCAGCAGAGAGAAAAAUACAACAUUUUGCUAUCUUUGCCCUCGCAACUUGUUUAAUCGUCCUACCAUAGGAAAGUUUACAGCCAAAAUUCCCUUCCACGUUGGACUCGCAGGGAAAGAGCCCGAGAGCUUUCCUCCACCCGGAAGUGGAUGCAAGCCGGCAGUCGCCAAUGACGUCAUUAACGCGCGCCCAAACCCUCUUCUAACAACAAGGUUUCUCGAGUGGCGGGUUCCCUGGUUACGAAGCAGGGAUGAGUGAUUCGGAGCGCGGCCCAGCCCCAGGUGAGGAGGAUGGUGGGGAGCCCGAGGAAGAAGGGGAAGAGGAGGAAGAAGAGGUCGCUGCUGGGGAUGUGGAUGCCGAGACUGCGCCGGGUGGGCGGAAGGUUCGUGGUGGGCGGAAAGCCCGGGGUAGGCCGCGCCUCACCGAGUCUGACCGGGUACGACGACGCCUCGAAUCCCGCAAGAAAUACGACGAGCGGCGGGUCUACCUGGGCGAGUCUCACGGCUCGUGGGUGGACCUGAGGCAGCGCAGUGGCUGGAGUGACGCCAAGCUGGCGGCUUAUUUACUGGAACUGGAACGAGAACAGCGGGCCGGGCGCCGCGGAAAACCAUGGGAGCAGAUGCCUUAUGAGCGACAACGAAACAAAAGAAGAAGGCGAAACGUGAACUGCCUGAAGAACACAGUCAUCUGGUAUGAAGAUCACAAGAAUCGCUGCCCUUAUGAGCCUCAUCUCUCUGAGCUGGAUCCCAACUUUGGGAUGUACACCACAGCUGUCUGGCAAUGUGAAGCAGGGCACCGCUAUUUCCAGGACUUGCACUCACCACUUAAAUCACUCAAUGAUUCUGAAAAUGAAUGUGACAACGUUGCCAAUGGCACUGGAACUGGAAGCUUCGAAUCUUCAGAAGAGAGUUCUAGCUCUGUGAUAGAGGAACAGCUGGAGAAUCAGAAAGACAAGCCCCACAUUCAGCAACCCUCAGCAGAAGGAGAAGGAGAAAAUAACAGUGGGCUCAUCACACAGGAUGGCAUCCAUAUUCCAUUUGAACACCAUAUUGAGAACUUACGAGCAGAACAAGGUGCCAGCAUGUGCCACAACCCAUCCCUCAAUGGACCAGAGACAAUGGAAACUGUGGUAUGCAUGCCAGUGCCCAUGCAGAUGGGUUCAGGUCAUGGAACUCUGUUUGAGAACGUUUCACAAGAGACACUUGGUGAAGUAGUAGCCAGUUGCCCUGUGCAAGGUAUGAUGCAAGGUUCACAGGUGAUCAUCAUUGCUGGACCCGGCUAUGAUUCUCUCACAGCAGAGGGAAUCCAACUGAAUGUCACCAGUGCAGGAGAAGAGGAGCUGCCUUGUGCUGUGAUUGAGGGUGUAGCACCUUAUACUCAGGUAGAGCCUGAGAAUGGACAGCAGAGUAGCACAGAAAAUAUGGAAUACAUCAAAACCAAAAAAGAAAAUGAGGCAUUGUUUAAACUCAAAAAAGAAGAGCAUCCCCCUCCAACAGAAACAGAAACAUCCUGUGAUUCAAAAUCAGCCCAUGAAAGCAGAGAGCAGGAACCAGAGCCUGAACCUGAGGAAGAGGAGGAGGAGGAGGAGAUGGAUGGAAACCACAUGUCAUCCAUUAUUUAUGAGAUUCCAAAGGAGCCCGAAAAAAGGCGGCGAAGCAAAAGAGGUCGUGUCAUAGAUGCAGAUGGCAUGUUGGAGAUGUUCCACUGUCCUUAUGAAGGAUGCACCCAAGUCUAUGUAGCACUUAGUAGCUUCCAGAAUCAUGUUAAUCUUGUUCAUCGGAAAGGAAAAACGAAGGUGUGCUCACAUCCAGGUUGUGGCAAAAAGUUUUACCUAUCUAAUCAUCUCCGAAGACACAUGAUAAUCCAUUCAGGAGUCCGUGAAUUUACCUGUGAGACUUGUGGAAAAUCCUUCAAGCGGAAGAACCAUCUAGAGGUCCAUCGUCGAACACAUACAGGAGAGACCCCGCUCCAGUGUGAGAUUUGUGGCUAUCAGUGCCGACAAAGGUCUUCUCUCAACUGGCAUAUGAAGAAGCAUACCUCAGAAGUCCAAUACAACUUUACUUGCGAGUACUGUGGCAAACGUUUUGAGAAGCUGGACAGUGUCAAGUUCCACAAACUAAAGAGCCAUCCAGACCAUAAGGCUGCCUGACUCUGAUCAUGAAUCGCUUUAAUUAUUGUUCCUCCAAAUACCUAAACCAGUUGAGGGCAUGACUUACAUAGUCACAGCUGAAGACAUGGUGUGUGCUACCCACAGCACAAGGGUCUAUCCCUUUGGUUAGGAUGAUAUGGAGUAGGUUUUUUUAAAGAUCAGAUGAUGACUGACAAAAACUUCAAGCUGGAUAUGGAAAUGUCAGUGUGCUCAGGGUGUUCGGACAGCAUUAAGUUAAAACUUAACUGGAGAUUAUGGUGUUAAGCUGUCCUGUUUCUCAAGAGGAAAAGAACAGUGGAAUAAUCUUAUCCAAUUGAAGUAUCAGUACUUUGCUAUCUGCAGGGAGCACCGUCUACAUUUUAGCCACCUGAUACUUGAUCUGAAGGAGAAGUGCAGUAUGAAAGGUCUAAUUGCAUAUCAUUUAAUUAUGGAGAGACUACCAAUAUAUAGAUGCAGGUUUAGUUCAAGUGACUGUUUUAUAUCUGUUGACAACAGUGCAAGAAAAUUAUUGGCUGAUAUGCAUUAAUUCAAUUUCCUUGAAAUAUUUGGUUGAACGUAGUCAUAUAUUGGCCUGAAACAUGGUUCUGUUUCAGGAACUAUUUUCCCUUCAACAUUCAGGGCUAUUGCAUUUGAAGACAACCCAGAGUUGGCAUUUGUACCCAUCUUCUUGAAAUAUUGGUGUUCUGUAAAGCACAGAUUCUGAUAUUGGGUAGACUUAGAUUCCAGCUCUAAGUUACUUUAUUAUUCUGGUUAUCUGUGGCCAUCCUCUAUAGUUUGCUAAAUUCAUAGUCUCGUUUGCAAAUAAGGAAUUUCUAAAAUUUAAUGCCAUCAGUGUGUUUUUUAUUAUACUAUUAAGAAAUAUUGUCUUUAAAAUGCCAUUUAAUCCUUAGGAUUAAGUUAAAAAAUAUUAAAUGUAAAAAUUGAUGGAGA